AUGAGUCACUUUGAAAAUCCAGAUUAUGAUGGCUACGAGACGGCGGGACAGUACACAGACGGCGAAUAUGGUGGAGGAACCCAUAUGGCAGAGUCUUCGGCAGACUGGGGCGGUGGUGCUUAUGAGCAACAAUAUGCCGGCCAAAGUCAAUUCGACAGAGCUAGCGAUGUUGGAUCAGGGGCCACAGAAGAUGGGGAUGAAGAUGCUGAUUAUAUUGUGAAAGAUGGCGACGAUGGACGAUAUCCGGAAAAAGCGCAAUUGGAAGAAGCUGGUUAUAGAUACGAGGCCGCACUCAGAUCAUGUGGCCAUGGGAAAAUGCAGUGGAUGAUUUUCGCUGCUCUUUCUAUCGGCCUGGCAGCAGAGUCUAUCGAGCAAUUUGUUAUUGGUUUUAUUCUGCCCUCAACGCAAAAAGACCUUUGUCUCACAGAAGAACGCUCCGCUUGGCUAGGAUCGAUCGCUUAUUUGGGCUUGUGCUUUGGUGCGUUGAUUUGGGGAGGAGUGAGUGACAAGGUUGGAAGAAGACAUUGUCUUCUCGUUUGCCUCAGCAUAUCCGGCUUCUUUUCGAUCCUCUCUGCCUUUACGCAAGGAUUCGGUAGUUUCCUUUUCUGUCGCCUUGGCUCCAGCAUCGGAAUUGGCGGCGCCGUCCCUGCUGUAUUCUCAUACUACGCCGAAGUACUCCCUCGGGAGAAACGCGCCGAACAUCUCUCCUGGCUUUGCCUUUCAUGGGUAUUUGGUGGAGUUUAUGCAGCUGCCAUGGCCUGGGAGAUCAUUCCAAACACUGGUUGGGGUUUUGCUUAUGGGUCUGAGUACCAGUUCCAUGCUUGGCGAGUGUUUGUUGUUGUUUGCGCUCUUCCAUCUGUUAUCUCAGCUACUGCUCUUACGUUUUUGCCCGAGUCCCCAAGAUGGCUCCUUCGAUCAGGGAUGGUUGUCAAUUUAAAUUGCUCGCUUUGGCUCUAA